UACAUUUUUUCUCUUACAUUCUAGUUUAAAUAGCUAUUUUCUGGUUAAGACAAUGCUCCCAAAAUAGAAUUAACCAAUAGAAAAAUUAUGAGAGGUGAUUGCCAAUAAUUAAGAAUUUCACUAAAGAGAAAUACUCAAGUUUAGAUAAAUAGGACAAUAAAGUCUCUCUCUUCAAAUCCUUCUUCAUCAGUACAAGCUUCUUGGAUGAGUUUAGCCAGUUUGAGAGGUAAAUUAGUUGUGAACAUAAAACAGAGGGGGGGAAACUCUAAAUUCCAAAGUCCUCCACUGUUGUCUUUGGAAAUCUGGCUGGGAGAUAUUUAAAGGUUAUCUUCCCAAAUUGUACUUUGAAACAAGUAACGAUUCAGAAGCAAGCUAAGCUGGAUAGUUUUCAGCAAUGGCUGAUACUUUUAGCAAGAUUGUGGAAGAACAGGAGCUACCAUAUACAUUAAUAAACGUCAUUGGCAGUCCAGAUGGAGUUUAUGAAGAUCACGUAGAGUUUCUGGAAAAACAUCUUAAACUUGUCACCAUGCAGGAAUAUCUGAAAAACAAGCAAGUGCUUAGUGAAAAAAUCCAAGCAAUAUUUAUGUGGGCCCAUAAACCUAAGGCUACCAGGGAUCUUCUGGAAGACCUACCUAAUUUAAAAGUGAUUGCAGUCUCUGGUGUAGGAAUAGACCACCUCGAUUUAAAACUGAUCUUCAGCUUUGGUAUAAAAAUAACUAAUACACCUUUUGCAGUGACCAGUGCAACAGCAGAUAUAGGGAUGGCUUUAAUGCUAGCUUCUGCUAGAAGGAUUGUGGAAGGUUAUCAGAUUGCAGUUUCCCCUGACACUAACUAUUUUAAUGUCAACUGGUUGGGACAAGAAAUAACUGGUUCAACUCUAGGAAUCAUUGGAAUGGGCAGGAUUGGUUACAAGGUGGCCCAAAGAGCUAAAGCUUUUGAGAUGAAAAUUCUUUAUCAUAACAGAAAUCAAAGAAAUGAGGCAGAUGAGCAGGUUGUUGGUGCAGUUUAUUGCCAGAAGAUGGAAGAUUUACUUCAACAAGCUGACUUUGUGAUGUUGACUGUGAAUCUGACCCCUCGGACUUACAAGUUGAUUGGGAGAAAGGAACUAGAACUCAUGAAGCCCACUGCCACUCUUGUCAACAUCUGUAGAGGUCAAGUGGUUGAUCAAGAUGCACUGCUGAAGGCCCUCCAAAUGAAAACAAUUAAGGCUGCAGCUUUGGAUGUAACGUAUCCAGAGCCACUACCAAGUAGUUCAAGGCAGCGCAGCUUCCUUCAUAUUUUUCCAACAGCCACCAUUCUACCGUAUGAGAAGACAGGGCUAAAAAUGACCAGCUCCCCAUGGUUCAGGAUAGACUACCCUUUUCAAGUCAUACCUGAGAUCAUGCUUUAUUGCAUUUAAAGAAUGUCAUCAUAACACCCCACGUUGGAUCUGCAACUUCACAAGCCCGCCGCCAUAUGAUGAAAAGUAUGGUUGAAAAUAUUCUGGCUGCUGUAAAUGGCCUCCUGGUCCCUCAUGAAGUCCAUGAGUAACACAUGCCUUGUUGGGAUAAAGUAUUUUAUAUUUGUCUUUAAAUGUUUAUACCAGGGUUCUCCAAAGUUGGCAACUUUAAGCCUUAUGGACUUUAACUCCCAGAAUUCCUCAGCCAGUCACGCUGCCUGAGGAAUUCUGGGAGUUGAAGUCUACAAGGCUUAAAGUUGCCAAGUUUGUAAAUUCCUAGUUUAUACCAAAGUAAUGAAUUUGAUUUGACAACGGAUCUCCAUUUAGCUUCCUUGGAAAAAGAAUAAGCAUGCUUUGGGGUAUGUAUUGUUCAUUUAUGUUGUUCUGUUUGUUCUUUAUUAAAUGGAAUGAAAAACAAA